GGCCCCGCAGGUCGGCUGAGGGGACGCGGCGGCGGCAGCGGCCGCUCCUCUCUCGAGGCUCGGCAGGUGCUGAAGAAAAGACAAGGCAUCUAGGCAGCCGUUCUGCAUCCAUGUUCAGAACCUGUGUCUUUUGUUAGUUGUGAAGACUGGAAUCCAAAAUACGAGGAAUUUUAAGUGGCAGGGAUUCAUAUAAUGAGGCUUUUAUUAUGGCCAGUGACCCCUUGGAAGGCUUUCAUGAAGUGAACCUCGCUUCGCCUACUACACCAGAUCUUCUUGGAGUAAAUGAGCCAGGGACUCAGGAACAAACUACCUCACCUAGUGUAAUCUACCGCCCACAUCCUUCUGUUGUGUCCACACCAAUCCAACCCAAUGCAUUAAAUGUUUCUGACCUUCCUACACAACCUGUUUAUUCAUCUCCCAGACAACUGAAUUGUGGAGAAGUAUCAGGUGUCAGCAUCAAUGUUACCGACGCAGUACUUUGUUCUACCUCUGGACCCCAGAGUGGGUCAUUCAAUCACAGUAAUGCCAGGAAGGAGAGCAAUAACGUGGAGAGAGAGCUUUUGCAGGGUACUACAGUAGCAGAUGUUGCUGAAGGAAAUGAAGAUAUUUUUGGGUUGAGUACAGACAGUUUAUCUCACUUACGGAGCCCAUCUGUACUGGAAGUAAGAGAAAAGGGCUAUGAGCGAUUGAAAGAAGAACUUGCAAAAGCUCAGAGGGAAGCACACAAAAUGGUUAAAGAAGCAAAUGUCAAACAAGCUGCAGCAGAAAAACAGUUAAAAGAAGCACAAGGAAAGAUUGAUGUCCUCCAGGCUGAAGUAGCAGCAUUGAAAACACUAGUCCUGUCUACUUCACCAACAUCUCCGACUAAGGAAUUCCAGUCUGGUGGAAGAACUCCUUUUAAGAAAGGCCAUGCAAGAAACAAGAGUACAAGUAGUGCUAUGGGGGGCAGUCAUCAGGACUUUACCAUGAUGCAGCCAAUUGUAAAAGACUGUAAAGAGGCUGACCUAUCUCUGUACAAUGACUUCAGAUCUUGGAAGGAUGAGCCUACUAUGGACAGAACAUGUCCUUUCUUGGACAAAAUUUAUCGGGAAGAUAUUUUUCCAUGUUUAACUUUCUCCAAAAGUGAGUUGGCCUCAGCUGUUCUGGAAGCUGUUGAAAACAACACUCUGAGCAUUGAACCUGUUGGCUUGCAACCUGUUCGAUUUGUGAAAGCUUCUGCAGUUGAAUGUGGGGGACCAAAGAAAUGUGCUCUCAGUGGACAAAGUAAGUCAUGCAAGCAUAGAAUCAAAUUAGGAGAUUCAAGCAGUUAUUACUACAUUUCUCCUUUCUGUCGUUACAGGAUCACUUCUGUGUGUAACUUCUUUACAUAUAUUCGAUACAUCCAGCAAGGACUGUUGAAGCAGCAAGAUGUGGAUCAGAUGUUCUGGGAAGUUAUGCAGCUGAGACGAGAGAUGUCACUAGCAAAACUUGGCUAUUACAAGGAAGAGCUCUAAAACUUUUUACUCUUGCGCGUGCAUGAACUUCAUUGAAUAUACAUAACUAAAAUUGCUGAACCUCUUUUUGUCACUUGAUAUUUAUUUCCACAAAGUGGGUCCAAGAUCUUUCUCGAUUUGCAGAUGGCACUAAAAAGUACUGUGAUUGUUUUAAACUGACCUAUGCUGUAUAUGCGUACAUAUAAUACUUAGUUGAACAAAUGUGGUAAGCACUUGCAGGUGUAUUAGUGAUUGUAAUUUACAUUUAAAAACAAACCUUCUGAUUAAAGUGUUAAUCUGAAACAGU